AUGGUCUCAUCAAAUGACGGGGCUUCUCUAGCUGUUCCUCCGUCUCCCACAUUAUCGGCUCAGUCUUCUGGUCAUUUCCCUACCUCGCUGUCUUUGAGGGACAACAAACCAGAUGAGGGCAGCGGUUAUACUUCCCUGCAUUUGCUCAGUCCUUCGGUGAACAAGGUCUUGAUUCAUCAGCGAAAGCCUAGCAAUGCAACUUUCACAAGUUCCCAUGAGGGUCACAGUAGCCUCGACGAAACAGAACCAGACCAUGGCAGUGGCGAUUAUGGCAUGGUUCACCUUCAUCCAGUUAGAUCGGAUCCCCCAAGCACAAUGCAUUCUCCUACCCACACCCACGUAGACACCGCCUCCGUCCUCUCCAGGUCCAUGCCCGCUAAAUCCGAUAUUUCCGUUGAAAAUAUCGUCACAACAACUCCUUCACCCGACGCCAAUCACCAUAGGAAUCCUUCUGACGGCCACAAAUCACUUCAAGCCAACGGCGACGUCUCGAAGAUUGAACUCAUCCAAGAUGAUUUGGUCGACCCCCGUCCAUUCAAAUUCAGACCGGUCGAAUUGGCCAGUCUUCUCGACCCGAAGAAUCUCAACGCCCUUGAGGCUUUGGGGGGUACCGAUGGCCUUCUUGACGGCCUAGGAACCGACUGUUCCCGGGGUUUAACUCUGGUCCGCACUGCAGACGACCGAUUAGGUGCUGGAGCAGGCGCUUCCCAAAGGCAUGACCGGGAACCUUUGUCCGUCCCCACACCCCACGAUCACAUCGAGGUUGAAGUUGCCGACAACCCCCAUUCGGCGUUAAUGGAAGAUCGCAAGCGCGUGUUUGGAGAGAAUGUUCUUCCCCAACGAACCAGCAAAAGUCUACUUGCUCUCAUGUGGCUUGCCUUGCAAGAUAAAGUUCUUGUACGUCUUGUUGUCUAUUGCAGCGGUUGUUUCACUCGCACUUGGCUGUUUCAAGAUUUCGGGACCCCUCAGCCUGCCGGCGAACCCCCGGUGGAUUGGGUGGAAGGUGUUGCCAUUAUGAUCGCUGUUCUUAUCGUCGUUGUCGUCGGCUCAAUAAAUGAUUGGCAAAAGGAACGGCAAUUCAAGACCCUCAACGAGAAAAAGGAAGAACGUGGGGUCAAAGUUAUCCGCAACGGCAUCGAACGUCUCAUCGACGUGAAAGAAGUCGUGGUCGGCGAUGUAGCGUUAUUAGAACCCGGGGAAAUUGUCCCCUGCGACGGCAUCUUCUUAGCCGGGCACAACGUCAGAUGUGAUGAAUCAGCGGCAACUGGCGAGUCGGAUGCUAUCAAAAAGGCGUCCUAUGCAGAUUGCCUGGCCCUGAAGCAGGCACUAAGCGGUGUGCGCGCUGAAGGUGGCGCCCUCGGAGGGGAGCACGUAUCUACGCAUACGGACUGUUUUGUCGUCAGCGGCAGCAAGGUUUUGGAAGGCGUCGGUAGCUACCUUGUCGUAGCAGUCGGCACGAAAAGCUUCAACGGCAGGAUCAUGAUGGCUCUUAGGACCGACACCGAGCAUACCCCGCUUCAGUUGAAGCUCAAUGUUCUGGCUGAAUUAAUCGCGAAGUUAGGAAGUCUUGCCGGCAUCGUUCUCUUCUCCACUUUGAUGAUCAGGUUCAUCGUGCAACUCGCUACGGGCUCGCCUGCCAGGUCUGCCGACCAGAAUGGCAUGGCUUUCGUUCAAAUUCUCAUCAUCUCGGUCACCUUGGUUGUAGUUGCCGUUCCAGAAGGACUUCCUUUGGCUGUGACCCUGGCUUUAGCAUUCGCCACUAAGAGGAUGACGAAAGAAAACCUCCUGGUACGCGUCUUGGGCUCCUGCGAGACGAUGGCCAACGCCUCCGUCAUCUGCACCGACAAGACCGGUACGCUCACUCGCAACGUCAUGUCCGUGGUCGCAGGCUCCGUCGGGAUCCACGCCAAAUUCGUGCGUAAACUCGAAGACAACCAAGCACGCACAAACGCAAAUAGAAGCCGAAGCCCCAACAGGAACUCUGAUUCGAAAGGCCCCCGGGAUGAUUUCAGCAUUGACCAAUCAAUGCUUAGUACCGUUCUGAGCCGUCCCCUUAUUUCGCUGUUCAAUGCGGCUAUCGCUGUGAACUCCACUGCGUUUGAGGAUGUGGAGAAGGAGACUGGGGAGCGCAUCUUUGUGGGAAGUAAGACGGAGACGGCGCUUUUGAUCUUUGCGAAGGAGCUUGGGUGGGCAGAUUAUAAAGAGACGAGGGAUGCGGCGAGGGUUGUGCAGGUAAUUCCGUUUUCUAGCGAGCGCAAGGCUAUGGGCGUGGUGGUCAAGACCGAGCAUGGAUAUCGCUUCUACGUCAAGGGCGCUAGCGAGAUCUUGACAAAGCUGUGCAGCAGCCAUGUCGUUGUAGAGCAGCAUGGGAGCUCUCGCCCCGACGCCGAGUCCGACGACGUCGAGGUGGCCGAGAUCGGUGGCGUCUCGGAAGAGAACAUCUCCAGGACUAUCAUUUUCUAUGCGAACCAGACUCUGCGGACUAUCGCCCUGUGCUAUAGGGACUUUCCGUCUUGGCCACCACCAGGAAUGCAAGCCACGGCAAUCGACGAAGUGCCGUACGACGUCAUUGCUCAAGACAUGACAUUGAUCGGAAUCGUCGGGAUCGAAGACCCACUUAGGGACGGUGUUCGAGAAGCAGUAGCUGAUUGCCAUAAAGCUGGUGUCACUGUAAAGAUGUGUACAGGUGAUAAUGUGCUGACGGCGCGUUCGAUCGCCACGCAGUGUGGUAUAUACACAGCUGGUGGUGUCAUCAUGGAGGGACCCGUCUUUCGCCAGCUCGACGAAUCACAGAUGCUUGAGAUCGUUCCACGGCUCCAGGUCCUCGCUCGCUCGUCACCUGAAGACAAGAAGAUACUGGUGGAGAAGCUUCGCGCACUCGGGGAGAUCGUUGCUGUCACUGGCGACGGCACGAAUGACGGACCCGCUCUCAAGACGGCACACGUAGGGUUCUCCAUGGGUGUAGCGGGGACAGAAGUAGCCAAAGAGGCGUCCGACAUCAUUCUCAUGGACGACAACUUUUCUUCCAUCGUGAAGGCCAUCAUGUGGGGUCGUUGCGUGAACGACGCGGUCCGGAAAUUCCUACAGUUUCAGAUCUCCACCAACGUUACUGCCGUGGUGAUCACAUCGGUAACCGCCAUCGCUUCUAAUUCUGAAACGUCGGCGCUGUCAGCUGUUCAGCUGUUAUGGAUCAAUAUCAUCAUGGACACGUUCGCUGCACUUGCGCUCGCUACGGAUCCGGCGUCGCCGGCGUUACUGGACCGGAAGCCUGAUAAGCAGACGGCACCGCUUUUCAGUGUGGAUAUGUACAAGCAGAUCUUUUUGCAGUCUGUCUAUCAGAUCAUCGUCAUCCUGCUAUUCCACUUCCUUGGCAUCAAGAUCCUGGGCCUUGCGGAUACGUCGGGGAAUGACACCGUUGUGCAGACGCUGGUCUUCAAUGCGUUUGUUUUUGCUCAGAUAUUCAACUCGGUGAAUUCGCGAAGGCUGGAUCGGAAGCUCAACAUCUUUGAAGGCAUACCCAACAAUUGGUACUUCAUGAUUAUUACCCUCAUCGGUAGGUCGAAGAUCGCUGUGCAAGUGGUCAUCGUGUUCAUUGGUGGCACCGCGUUCCAGGUGACGCGUAUUGGAGGCCGUGAAUGGGGUAUCUCACUCGCCCUUGGCUUCGUAUCCAUCCCCCUCGGCGCGCUCAUCCGUCUGCUGCCCAACGGACCCUUUGAACGCCUCUUCAUCCAAAUGCGCUUACUGCCCAAACCCCAAGGCGAUCUUCCCAAAACUCGCCCAGAUGGUGAAUGGAACUCUGCGAUUGAACUUGUGCGUGAUAAUCUCGCCACGUUCGCUAACCUGCGGGGCGGGCGACUUCGCUCGUCUUCAUUCGUUGUGAAGAGUCGUCAGGCUAGAUUACACGAGGAUAAACGUGUCCCUCUCCCUUCGUUGAUGACCAUGGUCCCGACGCUUAUUGCAUCUUCCAUCGGAGCUGGCUGGGCACCACAAUCACGCGGUAGUCUAUCGGACCCUGCUCGUUUUGAUCCAUCAAAGUCCUCUGCUGCCCUCUGGGAAGGCAGGCUCCAAAUCCACCCCGAUACGAAGCCAGACGAUGCACUGUAUCGCACAAAAUGGGGUUUUGGAAACCGUCCGUCCGCGGUAUAG